AUGGGUUCUAUCUUUGCUCCUGCGCCAAUUCACCUGGCCAUCCUCGAGUGUGACACACCUCAGCCUGGGGCACGAGCCCGCUAUGGCACGUAUGGUGGAAUGUUCGAAGCCCUGCUCCAGCGAGAUCCCAAGCAGAUCGCCGUCACCAAGUGGCAAGUCGACCAGGACGAUGCGGAAUACCCAGACAUCGCUUCGAUCGAAGCAGUUCUCAUGACCGGUUCCAAGCAUUCCGCGUACUUGGAUGUCCCGUGGAUAAACAAGCUGGUCGCAUACACACAGGCAGCCAUCAACACCGGACGUGUCAAGAUCAUCGGCAUCUGCUUCGGCCACCAGAUCUUGGGAAGAGCCAUGGGAGUCGAAGUGGGCCUCAACAAGGCUGGCUGGGAAGCCGCUGUGCUGCCUGUCAAAUUGAGUCCUGCCGGCCAGGCUCUGUUCAAGAAGCAUCAAUUGAAUUUGCAAUUCUCGCAUCAAGACAUCGUCGUUGAAUGUCCCCAGGGGGUGCAAAACCUGGGUUCGACGCCGCGUUGUGCUGUCCAGGGCAUGUACGUGCCAGGGAAGUUGAUUUCCCUGCAAGGGCACCCGGAGUUCGACGAAACUACGGUGCGAGAAAUCCUGCACCGAAAGCUGGAGCAGGGCGCCUUUGACGAUCAGGCCUUCGCAGAAGGUAUGGCGCGUGUGGGACGGGAGCAGGACGGUCCUUUCGUGGGACAGAUCUUUGUGCGCUUCCUCCUUGAUGAACUUGUGUAA